UUUUCCCUUUGCCAGAGUGGUGCCACUCCACCUGCAGCACGAAAGGGCUCUGCGCUGGUCAGAUCUCCCAAGUGCUUCCAAGAAGAGCAGCAGCUCUACAAUGUCCCAUCCAGCUCAGAGAAGGCUGGAGCUGUUAUCCAGGAUUCAGCGGUGGGCAACUUGUAUGAUGUCCCUCCGAAAAGAGAAACUGAUGCUUCAGAGAAGAAAUCUCAGAAGAAAUUCUGGGGUCACUGUAACACUUUGCCAAAUCCUCGGAAGUCAGAAUGGAUUUAUGAUAUUCCAAUAUCACCUGAAAAAACAGGAUUAAAACAAAACUCUUCUGUCCAUUCCACGGAGAACCAGGUGCUAUAUGAUAUACCCCCAGCCAGGUACAAGGCACUAACAACAAAUGCUGAAGCCAAUGUUGUAAAUCCAGAAUUGUAUGAUAUUCCACCAACACAACGGAAAUUAACAUUUCCAGAUGUCCCUCUUUAUGACGUUCCAUCCUCAAAAGAUGUUCUCCUGCAGCAGAAUGGUAGCUGUGAUGUACCCCCAAGUCUCCUGGCUCCAAAUGCUGAGAAUCAGAUUUCCGGAGGAAAUGUCUAUGAUAUUCCAAAAUGUUUGCCCACUGCUACACAGUCCAAGAAAGAGAUGGAAAAAAACAGCAACCGUUCUGGAAACCAGGCAUACCAUGUUCCCCCACAGCUCUCGAGAGACACCAAACUAGAACACGACAGAUUAUCUGUUUCUAGUGUGGACAGCAGAAACAGCAGUCUUUCUACAUCAUCAAGCUCUUCUUCCGAGUCUUCUUCUGUGUCAUCAUCAGAAGAGCCUGCCAAAGAAAUUAAGCUGGACCUCGAGGUGGCCAUAGAGACGCUGACUAGAUUGCAGCACAGUGUAUCUAGCUCAGUUGCGAGUUUAAUGAUCUUCGUGAGCAGUAAAUGGAGAUUACAAGAGCACCUAGAGAAAAACAUUGAAGAAAUCCAUAGGGCCAUUGAUCACGUAAAAGUGUCACUUGGAGAAUUCUUGGCCUUUGCUCGAGCCUUAAAGGUAAACGCAUCCUACCUCACUGAUAAUAACCUUCAGAUCAGAAUUAAAAAACAGCUAGAAAUUCUUAUGAACUCAUUCCAAAUCUUGACAGAAACAAGAGAAGCUCUAAACAACUGCAAUUGGUCCUUAGAGGUUUUGGUCCUCAAGAAAUCCUACAACAACCCAGAUGAUCUCGAUCGCUUUGUUAUGGUUGCCCGCACGAUUCCAGAUGAUCUCAAGAGAUUUGUAUCCAUCAUCAUUGCUAACGGAAAGCUUCUCUUCAGAAAGAAUGAGAAGGAGCAAGAAAUGAAGCAACAAAGAGUGAGCCCAGAAUAUAAAAUGCCAAAACAAAUCAUGGCGCCAAGAAGAAUAGAAAUAGAUUCGCUUCCAGUAAAUGCUCCUGAUAAACCCAACUCAAGUCAAGGCAGUAACGAGACAACAAAAGAAAAUGUCACUGAGGACUGUGAAUACGUUCAGCUACAGGCACAGAAAAUAAUUUCUGGCAAAGAAGUGUCAAAGAAGAGUACAGAUUUAAAACCAAAGGUGUUGCCAUCUACAAAAAAGAAUGCAGUUCGAAGCCAGCAAGAUUCUGCCAAAAAAAUUGUUGUUCCAGAGCAGUGCAGGCUGUGUUUCGGUGCCCUUCACAAAGCCAUUGCUGUGUUUAAUAACAGCCUGAGCAGUAACCAGCCGCCUGAAGUCUUCAUAUCCCACAGCAAAUUGAUCAUUAUGGUGGGGCAGAAGAUAGUGGAUUGUCUCUGCCAGGAAGCACAACUGAGAGAGGCUCGGAGCGACAUUCUCCACAGCAGCAGCCGGUUUUGCAGCCUCCUGAAGAACCUGGCUCUCGCCACCAAAAAUGCUGCAAUCCAAUAUCCAAAUGCAGACGCAAUGAGGGAACUUCAGAAUAAAAGUGAUGAGCUGCAUAAAUACGCACAGCAGUUUAGAGCAAUGUUAGAAGGAGAGUGACUUCACUUUUUAUAACUAUUAUUAGUACUUUGAACAACGAUCAAAACUUGAAUUUCUGUGUUGUUACAGUUCUUUCUUCACUCCCUUGGCAGCCAAAGGGCACGAGCAGCUCAGUGGUGCCGACCCUCAGUCCUCCCAAGCACCCCUGCCAGGCAGUUUCCCUUGGGCACUGCUGCACCUCUAGCAGGUUAAGACCCACAGGACAGCAGACGCAGGAGGGAUGUGUAGAAUUAAAUGUGUGCUUCCUUUCCUACCAUUCAGACCUUGUCUAGAAAUGUUGUCUUCAUUCUGUUGGGGCAGGAUUUUUUUGCUGAGUAUUUGAGCAAAUGUUACUGGUUUUUUUUUAUUUUUAUUUUUUUUAAUUUCUACACAAGUCAAAAAUAUUAUUUUUUCCUUUUUUUUUUUUUUUUUUUUUAAUUUCUGAGCAUGUAAAGCCUCUCCUUAUCUGCACACCAUUCUGUAAGCUGUUAUAUAUUACUAUGUGUAUCAUCAGCAGUUCCUGGAGCACUCAACUCAAAUCUGUUUUUGACUUUUUUUUCCCAAGAGCGUUACCUUUGCAGCUGUUUGAUGUUCAAACACAAUGAACACAUCACAGGACAAACUGCAUCUCACUGCUGUUAACCAGAACUGCUCUGGCUGCUGUCUGAGCACGGAUAGAAGGCGUGCACAGUUCUGCUUCUCCAUUUCCACAGCUCUGGAGAUCACAGCUCCAUCACUGCCCGAAGCCUCCAGGCAGCACCUCCAGUGUAUCCCACCUUCUCUCUAAUGUCUGUCAUCGGCUGUCACCUCCUCUGUCCCCAGACCUGCUGCUCUGAAGCAGCAGUGAUGUGAGCCCCAUGAGCAUCCAUGUGGACCGUUCCUAUUCCUGUGCUGCUUGUAUUUAUCUUGACUAAUUUAUUUAAAAGUCUUAUCUCAAUUUUUAAAGUCUGGCCUUUCUUGGUAGCGUGUACCUGUGUUUUCACCCUGAGAUGGGGUGGGGAGAUUUGUAUUUGCUGCUGUCAUUUGUGUCUGCGCAAAGAACAGCCCCAUCGCUGUCACACUGCAGUCAUGUUUCGUACGGUUAUUUAAAUGCCGGUACAGAACCGUGGAAGAGGUUGGGUUGGAGGGGGCACGUCUGGUGUGGCCGCGAAUUCCCCAAAAUGUGUGUUCUGCCCAGAUUUCUUCACGUAAAUAAAAAAGCAACGCACAGCUCAA